AUGGUUGCUGCUGCUGAGGCAGGGGAUAUCUCCACGUUAAGAAAACUAAUAAGAAAGAAAAUACCCAUUUCUGCAACCGACGACUAUGCUGGACACAGUGAGGUUGUGAAAAUACUUCUUGAUGCUGGUGUUGAUAUGGAUCAGACAGUAGGUUCUAAUGUAUCAUCUCUCCAUUUGGCCGCUACAAAUAACAGAACAAGCACAGUUAAAUAUCUAGUUGCUGAAGGCGCUCAACUCAAAACAAGAAACGACAACAGCCUUAUUCCUAAAGACAUGUGCAUGUAUAAUUCAGAGACAUGGAACGUAUUAAAAGCGGCUGAGAAAGGUCAAAUGCCUGAUCUUGUUGUUGAGUCUGAUGUACCAGAAAUUACAGACUUUUCAAUUCCUAAAGUUGAGAAAACAUCAGAUUCAAAAACCAAAAAAAAGGGAAAAAAGGGAAAGUCUGGAAAGGGAAAAAAGAAAAAAAGGAGGAAAGAAAAAAAAGAAAGGGAAGAGAAAGAAGUGAUGAGUCUAAAGCUUAUUGAAGUUUUAGACAUGUAA